AUGGUCCAUGAAGUUGAAAAUAUUAGGUUGCUUGAGUCUGUCGGCGGGCUGAAAGCUAUUUGUGAUUUAUUCAAACACAAGGAUACUGCAAAAGAUGUCAAACUGCGGAUCCUAGAAUUUCUAUUUUUUUAUCUUAUUCCUGAAACCUCAGGUGCUGCCAAAAUCAUUAACUCUAUUCCAAGGAAAACGACUGAAGACAAGCAGGAAAUGCUUGGUAAAUAUCUGAGCAAUGUCAAUGGCCUAGUUCGAGAACUCCAUAUGAGUAAACCAUUUGGAGACACAAAUCUCGAAUGGUAG